UAUUCUUGUCCCUAUAAGUUAUGAUCGCGUGACCGACAAAAAUAACUGAUUAUCAUAACUCCUCAUUAGUAUGCUAAUGUCAUUGGUUUUAUUCCGAGAAUUUGGUUUGUCCGUUUUCGCACACUGCAUAAUGUCUUAACUCUAAGCAUAACAUUUCUGAGAACUUGAAUGAAAUUGUCUUCGUUUUGAAAGACGUGAUCAAGCACUUAUAAAUUCACGACUCUUAUCGAUCGACAAAAUUUUAUUGAGUACGGUUCUGGACGUGACAAUUAUGGCGUGUUCAACUUACGAAAGUGCCAGUGUGACUUGUUAUGUUCCUCAUGGUAAUCAUCUUCUUCCUGUCUACGUGCCAAGCAACACUCGACUAACAGAUCUUGUCGGGGCGCUACAUGACGCAAACGCGCACGUAAAAUUGAGGGAGACGAAGGGUAAAAACUCCGAUUCAAGAAGUGUAAUAUUGGUGAUUGGGCAGGAGGGCAGCGAAGCAGAAAGUGAAGAUGUAGCAACCCUUAUCGAUCAGGCGUUCACUGGCAGCAGUUCAAUUGCAAAUCGAAACCCAACGGAAGGAGGCGCAACGUUCACAGUUUCCACUCCUCAUAGUUCAAAUGGCGGAGAUGACGACCCACUAGUGCCGCCAAGAAUGAGCCUGAAAGGCUCCAGUCUGUAUACCUACAUGUGGUUGACAUUUCAGUGGAUCGAGCCAAGAGAAGAAGGAAAUUACUCUGAACACGCAAGUGGAAUUCCUCGAAAUUGGGACGUCACUGUGGAGAGUGUGGAGUUUUUUGUUCUUGUUUAUAGCAGAGUCAUGGCCAUGCCAGCGUUUUUCUUCCUUGUUCUCGUGGUUGAAAUUCAUAUCCUGGAACUGAAGAACUUCAACGAACAGAUACAGCAAAGUGACAAAAGUUUAACAGAACUCCUAAGGAAAUUCAAAACAUUGUCAAGGAGGAUUCAAAAUUCUUCCCUGGCAUUCCAACCAUUAAUCGUGGCGCUUCUUUUCCUGUUGGUGCUGUGGGGAACAAUCAGUGUUUAUUCCAGUGUGGAGAUGUUUGAGCAUAUUCCUUCAUCAAGAAGUAUUUACUAUGGAGUAGUGCUCUCUGAGUGUUUAGGAACGUUUGGGGUGUUCCUCUGUGAAACGGUGUUCCUUUUCUCCCUUCCACUGUAUAAAUUAGGGCAAGUCAGUUCGCAGCUCAGCCAUCUGAUUUACACGGUUACGACAAUUGACUGUGAUGAUCAACGUGAAAGAGGGUUUGUUUUUAAAACUGAAGAGAAGAAAGUACUGUUUUCCGGUCUCUUAGAAAGACACCAACGAUAUGGAAAUGUGGGAUUUAAGGUAGCUGGCCUUCAACUUACACAACUCAAGUCUAUAUGGCUUACUCUUCUUGGUCCAGUUAUUGUCUUUGUCGGAAACAUUUUCUUAAAGGAGCAUUUUUAGCUAUUUACUUGCUACAGCAGGCUCGUUUAAGGGGUGUUAAACAAGCCAGUAGAUAAAUGGGUUAUUGAUCUAGUAUGAGGCCAAGAUGGCUGGAUAUUGGCCAAGUGCUGUUAGAUGUAAGAUUAUAUUUUAUCACUUGUGAUUUAUAGAGUAUUGCUGUUGCCUGUUGUUUUUCACCAAAAUGAACUCAAUGUCCAUAAUGAUCCAAAUCAAAGGCUCCUGUGAGCCAGCUCAUGGACGAAUGUUUCUGUCUGCCUCAGUUUCAAAACGAGUCUUC